AUGAGUCUGGACUCUCUAUUCCAGCACAUUUUGCUCACAGAGCGACAGGCCCAGGAGCAAAGGCGGCUGAUCCAAGAGGUGAAAUCAGAAACUAAGAUCUGCCAGAGGAGGAUAAACGACGUUACGGAGAACCUUAAAGAAGCUCGAGCGGUCCUUGAAACCAAGGUAAAUCUCCUGUCUGAAAAACGGUUUGAACGAAUUCUCCUGGAGAAACGGCGGGAAAUCCUGGGAUCGCAGAAGGACGCUCUGCUGACGGAGGAUCGGGACCGCCGCUCGGCCCUGGUGUGUCGCGUCUGCUCAGAUCAGCUGAAGAAAGAAAUCGAGGAGGAAGAGGAGAAUUUCCUUACGGAAGUCGUCCGUUUUAACAACGACUACGGGCUGACGAGUGACAGAGGAGUCCUGGUCAGGGAGCGGAUCCAGGCCGAGACCCGGCUGCUCCGGGAAGAGGAGGAAACACUCAACAAAGAAAUCGAAUCCUUAAGAGGUGAAAAUGUUCACUUUGCGGCAUUGCUUCAGCAGAGGAACGCGGCCAAAAUGGAGCUGGCGGAACUGGAGCUCCACCUGAAAGAUAUGGAGGAUAAAUUAUCUGACUCCAUCGCUAUCACAAAACAAUUAGAAGACGAAAAGUUCAAUAUAAGCCAAAAGCCUCAAUCGGACGCAGAAUAUUCAAGGUUGAAAAAGGAGCUGGAAUCGUAUAAGGAGGAGGAUCUGGAGGACGUCCACGAAGCGCUCCGUGCAGAGAUUGAUUUUUUGCAGUCGGUACGCUCUUUUAUCCCGAGAUAUUAAAUUA